CUGCGUCCGGUGGCUUUUAUUGCUGUUGUAUUUUCAACUGUUGCAAUCACAUCAUGUCUUAUCACAUUUCCAUUAAUUUUGCAUUAUAUUCAAACUCUUGAAUCACAAGUUCAACUUGAUUUAGAGUUUUGUCAAGCAAGAGCAAGAGAUAUGUGGAAGGAAAUGUUGGAUAUUGAAACUGGUGGAAAGAAAGAUUCGGCUAAAUUGGCAAAUAUUGUUAUGAAUCAUAGAAGACUUGAAAAACGGUUUGUCAUAUAUUUUUCACUGCAAGGAAGUUUGAGAUUCUAUUUUUAGUGACACCCUUCAAGACUUCUGGGCUCGUCGUCUUCAUGAUCCAAGAAUUACGUGACCAACCAGUCGGAUAUGAUAACCCAUCAGUUGGAGUUGAUUCAUUCUCUGGAGAAGGUGGCGGCUGUUGUACUUGUAAUCGUGGAGCACCAGGAGCAGCUGGAGAUCCAGGACGUGACGGAGCUGAUGGUGUUGAUGGAAAUCCAGGAGAAAUCGGACCACCAGGUCCUCCAGCUCCGCCAGGACCAGAUCCAACCAGCCUCUUCCCACCACAAUGCCCUUGCGAAGCACCAUCAGGAGAUGCUGGACCACCUGGUCAACCAGGACCAGACGGGCCACCAGGAUCACCAGGAAAUCCGGGAGAAGAUGGAAAACCAGGAGAUCAAGGGCCACGUGGACCACCAGGAAUUCCAGGAGCACCGGGACAACCUGGAAGACCAGGACCACCGGGAGAGCCAGGAACUUAUCGCACAGAAAUUGGACAACCUGGACGUGCUGGAGCACCAGGAAGACCUGGCCCACCAGGACAACCAGGACCAGCUGGACCACCGGGAGAAAAUGGAAAGGGAGGACAACAAGGACCACCGGGAUUACCAGGGCCCCCAGGACAACCAGGACAAAAUGGACCACCAGGAGAGACUGGAAACAACGGAGACAACGGUGCACCAGGAAGUUGCGAUCAUUGUCCACCAGCCAGAUUGGCACCAGGUUAUUAG